UCCCUGCUCCACCCAGCUGCAGCCAACUCAGUGCCUUCUUUUCAAGAAUGCCAGAGAACUGGUUCCCUCCUCUCUGAACAGACAUGCAAAACAGACACACAAACCCAGCAGUGUUUGUGCUGCACAUGUGAACAUUAAAAUAACAGCCCGCCCCGUCCUCUCCCCUUCUCGCUGCUCUCUCCUGCCAGCUGUUUCAGUUUUGGCAGCCAGACCCGGCAACAGAGAGGAGGAGGACCAACGAGGCCGGAGUCAUGAAGAGGGAGCUGGAGAUCGCUGCCCUCGGUGUGGCCACCACAGGAUGGCUGGCUGCCAUUCUUACACGCUGCCUGGCCCUGUGGAAGGUAAGCGGGACCGUGGACAACACCACAGCCAGCCUGCCUGCCUACUGGGAUGGGGUGUGGCUACAAUGGGAUCACUGGGAUCUGGCUCAUGAUGGCAGCCUGCACUGCUCUUUCUACCAGUCUCUGAUGUCUCUGUCUGGAAGUUUUCGCACGUGGAGAGCCCUGAUCAUGGCCGCCAUUGGAGUCGGGGGAUUCGCAGCAGUGGUUGGAGCAGUGGGGUUGGUGUGGUUUCCAAAGCGAGGCCAGAUCAAAGUGUUUUCUGGGAGUUUCUUUAUUGUGGCAGGUAUCCUGUUGCUGGUUCCCACUGCAUGGACCUGCCAUCACACCAGUCAGCCACUGGAGGGCGCUGUGUCACUGAGGAGAGACUGGGGACCUGCUCUGUACCUUGGAUGGAUCUCCUUUGGCCUGAUGCUGGUUGGUGGUGUGUUUUUAACCACCAGAUGCCCCACUGCAGGGGGGCAGGGGGAGCAGCCCGGCAGGAGCCUGAGCCCCGAGGAGGAGGCCAGUAACCCGCUGAACACCAUCAACAGAACUGCAUUCACAAACAGCCAAUACAACCGUAGAUCACAGGCCAUCUGAGGGGACUGGAGGGCAAUAUUUAAAUGGACUGCUGAAAAGUGAAAUGAAUGCACAUAGAUGAUCUGCUCAGGAAGAUGUGUGGUUGCACUUUUUAGAAAUAUUUGGUUAGAAUUACCUUCAAUGAGCAGAACCACAUUCACUUUAUUAUUAACAUGGAUUUUUUUUUCUUCUGCUGUGUUUUCUUCUACAUUUACUGUAUGUUUUACUGUAUGUUUGAAUGAUAAUUUCCAGGCUUGAAAACUGCAGGAAAAUAACGGCUCUGUUUGGUUUGUUGCAUUAACAAGAACACAUCUGGUGGUUUAUUCCAAUAAAGUUUAACGACCGUUAUGUAAACUCCUUAAAACUAACUGCUACUGCAUCUGCAGAUUAAAAACUGGCUGCACUGAAUUGGAAGUUUAUUUUAUUGUAGGAGGGAUGUCUCAGAAGAAUCGGCGCAGAAAUUGUCACUUUAUAGAGCAGGAUCACUUAUAUUUCAUAUCUGGCUGCUCAGAGUUUGACUUUCCUUUAUAAAAAAUGACUGAGAAAUACUUCUGUUUGAUAUAUUUGGUUUAGUUUAUGUCAAACUGGAAUGCUUGGAUGUGCUGGGAUCAGAUACAAUGUAAUGAUAAAAGAGGAAUGUAGAGGAUCAAUAGAGAAAAGCACAUCAAAUAAACAGGAGAAAUGAUGCAGAGUAUCCUUCUUUAGCACUAAGACAAAAUGGACAAAAGUGACAUAAUCCUAAUUUAUUGCUUACCAACAAUUUUUACAGAACAGAGGAAAACUUUGAUAUAAAGACCAAACAUUUUUGUAGAUACUUAAGUUAUUAGAAAUAGAACAGAGUGGGAUGAAUUAGUAUCCCUUAGUAGAGAAAACAAGGUUUUAGCAUUAAAAAAACAAUGAUAGGUGAAAUAUGCAGACCUGUGAUUUAUCUAAGUUAAUAAAAAACAGCUAAUUAUCAUUCAAAUGGAAAGAUAAUAAUAU